UUGCAGCUGGCAGGGUCACAUUGUUGUAUAUUUCAUAUCGGCUCUCUUCUUCAGAGAAAGCCCAAGAUUUCAGCAUCUCGGCGGUUAUUUUUAAAGACCAGAAUACUGAAGAAGGCCGGCAUACUGCUGGCAGAGGAGAAGGAACAGAAAAAGAUUGACCGAGAACAAACUCUCAGUGAGAGAGCUCCUCCUCUCAAACUGCCUGGACUGUCCGUACAGGACUUACAGAAUCUGUGCAAAGACCUUCAUCAAAAAAUUGAUGUUGUUGAUGAGGAACGAUAUGACAUUCAAGCGAAAGUUUCCAAAAGUGAAACGGAGAUAGCAGAAUUAAGCCACAAAAUCUUUGAGCUGAAGGGCAAAAUGAAGAGACCUCCCCUGAAGAGAGUGAGGGUGUCUGCUGAAGCCAUGCUGGGGGCUCUGCUAGGUUCCAGACACAAGGAAUCCAUCGACUUUAAAGCUAACCUCAAGACUGUCAAGAAGGAGGAGGAAAAGAAAGAGGAAGUGACCGACUGGCGUAAAAAUGUGGAUGCCAUGUCAGGCAUGGAGGGCAGGAAGAAGCUGUUUGCAGGACCAACUUCUUAAUGAAUUAUUUCAAAUGAAUUAUUUCAAAUAUUAAAUCCAAAGUGAAGGCUAUUUAAACAUACCAAAAUUGAACUGCUGUUUAAAUGUGGUUUUGUGUUUGUUUUAUUGCAUUGACAGCUGGAUGAACGAAAAACAAUUGAAUGAGCAAAGAGAAAGAAAUUCACAAAGCUGUGCUAUUGUUAUAACCACAGUUAUCAGUUCAAAUAGCCUAUUGAAACUUUAUGUGCUUUAUGACACAUAUAAAACAUUUUUUUAUGUUAAUAUAUGAUUAUUAUAUAAUUGCAUUUGUCAUUAUAUAAUAAUGUUUAUAUUGUAAUGAGAUGUAUAUGUGAUCAGAUGUGUGAAUAUUGAGGAACAAUAAAGCUUUCAUUGUUUUGA